AUGGUGUACGGAUCUGCCAACGCCGGCAAUGCGCAGGGCGCGGGGCUUCACGUGGACAUGCAGAAGCUGUCCCUGGAGGGGAAGAAGGACGCCGCCGGCGCCGACGCGGCCAAGCCCUCCGGGAUGCAGUACGGGUCUGCCAACACCGGCAAUUCGCAGACCGUGGAGCCGCAUGUGGACAGGUCGAUAACGCCCCUGCUCCAGGAGGCCAUGGAUCCCAACUUUUUCUACCAGCCAAAUGGAUAUCCCUCACCAGCCUACUACUACCCUAGCGGUUAUGAUGGCUCGACUAAUGAGUGGGACACCAGGUAUGCUGGUCAUGAAGGAAUGGAAGUGCCCCAGAGUGUGUAUGGUGACAUGUACCAUGGAUAUGGUUAUGCUCCCUAUGGCCCGUAUCCUUCAGGUUCUCCUGUCCCAACCGUUGGGCAUGACGGGCAGUCAUAUGGCACACAGCAAUAUCAGUACCCUGGUCAGUAUUAUCAACAGCCGGCUCCAACCAAUGCGAUGCAUGGUAUUAACAGUGCCAAUCCUCAAUCUGAGCUGCCUUCCGCUGCGGCUCACCAGACACGUGCUACGGUAGUUUCAGCAAAAGUAACUACCGGGACUGCUACUGGGAUUGCAAAUGCUGCCAGUUCACUACCGCGCAAGCAAACUCACCACCAUGUAUCAGUGACCAACAGUGGUUCAUAUGGAAGAGGGCCCUCGCAAGGUGGACCUUCCGCUAGCAAUUUUGGUCACACUGGUCACCGUUCUCCAGCUCAGUGGUAUGAUGGGCCGGUCUAUUCUAAUGGGCAUCAGAGAUCAAUUGCUAGUUCCACAUCUUAUGGUUCUAAUUCAUCUUCAGCAAAAAAUCAGAGUCACCGUCCAACAACAAACCUCAUGGGUAUGCAUACGCAUGGGCCUUCAUCUGGGAUGGGUCUGACCUCUCCUAGUUAUUCUAGUAGGAUGUACCCUGAUAGCAGAUUGUAUGGUCAGUAUGGUCAGUACGGGAACACACUGAAAGCUGGACUUGGUUUUGGUUCUAAUGUCUAUAACUCGAGAAAUAAUGGACAGUGGGGAGUCGUGGAUACCGUCAAAUACAAGCCUAGAAACCGGGCAACUUUUGGGUUUGGCAGUGAGAAUCAAGAUGGCUUCACUGAGCUUAACAGAGGACCAAGAUCUGGUGGAUUCAGACACCAAAAACCAUUUGGACCUACUGUCACGAUUGCUGUGAAGGGGCAGGUCCUCCCUUCAGCUGGGAAACAAGAGAAUAGCGUCCUGCCAGAUAAGAGUCAAUUUAACCAGGAAGGCUUUUCUGCAACAUACAAGGAUGCAAAGUUCUUUGUUAUCAAAUCUUACAGCGAGGAUGAUGUGCACAAGAGUAUCAAGUACAAUGUGUGGGCAAGCACUCCUAAUGGAAAUAAGAAGCUGGAUGCUGGAUACCGAGAAGCUCAGGAGAAAUCCAGUGAAUGCCCGGUGUUCUUAUUUUUCUCUGUGAACACAAGUGGUCAAUUUGUUGGUGUUGCCGAAAUGGUUGGUCCUGUUGACUUUGACAAGACAGUAGAUUAUUGGCAACAAGACAAGUGGAAUGGCUGCUUUUCAAUCAAGUGGCACAUCGUGAAGGAUAUCCCCAACAACAUUCUGAAGCAUAUUACGUUGGACAACAAUGACAAUAAGCCUGUGACAAACAGCCGUGACACACAAGAGGUUAAGCUUGAGCAAGGUCUUCAAAUGCUCAAGAUUUUCAAGGAACAUGUCAGCAAGACCUCAAUCUUGGAUGACUUUGCAUUUUACGAGAACCGACAGAAGUUGAUGCAAGAAAAGAGAGCAAAGCAACAACCGCUUCAGGGGCAGGCGGUGAUGAGAAGGAGAAGAACACAGCUAAUGGGAAUUCCACUGCGCAGAAGCAGACACCGAGCAAGGAGAGCACCGCCCCUGCCGCCGGGGAAGAGCCGAACGCUUCCAAACCCACCACAGCUGAAAGCGGCGGCGCGAGUGCCAACUAGCGUGAUAUAUUUCUUACGCUCGUUGCUGUAA